AUGCAGGCCGUUGAACUCUACAACCCCAAUACCCCGAAUUUACAUUUAAUACUGUUCGCCUCCACGUACUCUUUAUCUGAGGAUGUAAACCCACUAAACUACCAAUUAACAGCGGAUGACUUCAUUGUCCUUACCCAAGCCGACGGACAACUUUUUUAUGCUCUUGACCCUUCCACUACAACUUCUUUAUUCUGGGCCUUACAUCGAUUGGCGCACUAUAUCAUGAAGGCCGCAUCACACAAGCUUCACAACGACCCCUCCAUUCUGUUCGCCUCUGAAGGUUACAUUCCCCAGUUUUAUUUUGAUCGCAUCAACAUGUGUCAACCUGACAUCCUCACUAUUCAAGACCAGGUUUUUCUUAACCCCCUUUGCAGGUACACUACCAGGGAAAAUCUUUCCGCCUGGUACUGCGAUUUUCAAACAAUCGGUCGUCUCACCGUUCAGUGGAUUCAGACAGCGCAAUGCCAGACACUUCAGUUGGGAGCAGGAACUGGAUGGAACUGGGAGGCUUGCCAAGGUCUGCGCCUCGAAUAUCCUGAGUGUCAUCUCAUCACCACAGGAAAUGCGGAAGAGGGAGGAAAUGAUUCCUUCGCGGAUGAUGCCUCCGAAUGGUCGACCGAAGGAUUGGACGGUUGGAGCGAUGGAGAACUUAUGUCAGAAAUGGGAGAAGGAGAGGGGAAAGAGAUGGUCUUGCACCCAUUUGAAUCCACUUACGCUGCGCAUUACCCCGGUUUCGACACCUUCAUCAAGCAACCACUCAUUUAUAAUGGUUGA